AGGCACACAGCCAAUGGGAAGGCGCGGCUGAGGCGGGCCUUGGCCAUUACGACAGAGGCUGCGCGCAUCUCGACAAACGAUUUUCCCCUGACUUUUGAUUAUCCCACAGUUGGCUCCCGUUGGCACCAUUGGCACCAUUGGCACUGUUGGGACAUUUCCAUUUUCAUCAUCCCGCCUCCUCGUCCUGCAAUUUUCCCAUUGCAACCGCCUCUGUCCGCGCUGCCGGCUUGAGAAUAUAUCUCACUCCCUUCCACCCUGUUCCGAUUGACAACUACUUUAUCCCUCUUCGCGUCUGUCUCUCCCCUUCGUCCUUUUCUCUUCCUGACACGGCCUUAUUAAUUGAUUGUUUACAGUCACUCCCUUCCCUCUUGGUGCGGCGCCUGCGCUCAGACCCCUUACAGUUCAUUUCCCACUGGCGACCGCGAGACCCUAAUUGACGUUCUUUUCCAACAUGUCGAACGAUAUUCUCAAGUCUAUCCCCGUCCCUACGCUAGAUCGCCCUUUCGGCAUUGAGCUAUGGCCUAUCUUCGACAAGGCCUUUUCCGCCGUCAUUGGCUACUCCCCGAUGGACUUCAAGUUUGAGUCAGGAAAGACGCCAAUGUCGACAUUGCCAGAGACUGUCAUCGCCCUAAUCUCAUACUAUGUGAUUAUCUUUGGUGGAAGAGAAUUGAUGAAACACCGCAAACCAUUCACGCUCAAUGGCCCUUUCAUGGUCCAUAACCUCUAUCUCACCAUCAUCAGCGGUUGUCUCCUGGUGCUGUUUGUUGAGCAGUUGCUCCCCACUCUCGUCCGGGGUGGUGUCUUCCACGCCAUUUGCAGCUACAAUGGAGGCUGGACCCAAGAGUUGGUUGUGCUGUACUAUUUGAACUACCUCACCAAAUACCUCGAACUCAUCGACACCUUGUUUUUGGUCCUCAAGAAGAAGCCCCUGACCUUCCUCCACACAUAUCACCACGGUGCAACUGCGCUUCUCUGCUACACCCAGCUUAUUGGGCACACUGCGGUAUCAUGGGUCCCCAUCACGCUGAACUUGACAGUGCACGUGGUUAUGUACUGGUACUACUUCCAAUCUGCUCGCGGCAUUAGAAUCUGGUGGAAGAAAUACAUCACCAUCAUGCAAAUCAUACAAUUCGUCAUUGAUCUGGGCUUUGUCUACUUCGCUUCGUACACCUACUUCAGCAACUCCUACUUCCCUUGGUUACCAAAUGCAGGCACCUGCGCAGGGGAGGAAUUUGCGGCGAUCGCUGGUCUUGUCAUUCUCAGCUCGUACCUGCUACUCUUCAUCUCAUUCUACUUCGCAACCUACCGCAAACAGACCAUCCAAGGACGACCGAGACGGAACACUGGCCGAGAAGCUUUGAUCGCUAUGAGAGAUCUUCCCCUUCCCGACCCGCACAGGGUUCCAUCUGCGCUCGGAGAUGAGAAGAAGAGCAAUGGCGCUGUGACCACCGGGCGAUCCAAUGGACCAACUACCAGAUCGCGAAAGGCUUAGAUAGCCGAAGUGGACGACCUUCUUGACGGGACGGUCUUUCGUUGUUUAAUGCAGACUCCGCGCCCGAAACAAGACAACGAAGAAAUUCAAUUCGAGCUGCAAGAAAUCAGCCAGCAGCUGGAUUCUGUCUUACCGGACAACUGAACGGCAGCAAAGGCGUGGCGCCUGGUGUAUGUUGACGUCAAUCAUGACUAUGUCAAGCAUAACUCAGGUGUAAUCAGGGGAUAUGUCGUGGGCGACUAGAAAUAGAGGAGACGGAGGGGAUCGGCUGGGUGACUGGACAUCUCGAGUGUACAAAAGUUUGCUGUUUGCGGCAAGGUUGGGCAUGGGUGCUCGGGAUAUUCCUGUGGAAGUCUUGGUGGACGCCAGAGGCUGCGCCACCGUUUCUCUUCAUUUUCUUUACGCACUGUGUAAUUAGAAGGUACUCGCUAUUAAUGCACGAAGUCUAAUGUGGACGAAAAGGGGCUCGUUGGCAGUAUUUGAUAUAGCUGUGGGAAGCAAAAAACAGUUGAAAACUUCAAAGAGUUGCACCGUGGAGCUCGAAUCGUUUUAGAUUCAUCAUUUGCUGAAGUCGCAAUUCUCUAGCAGUCGCAAAACAUCUAUC